AUGCAACUAUUGAUAUCACGACUGGUGCUCCUUUCCAAGAUAGCCUGGAAGAACGGUAGGAUUUGGUUCGUUAACGCGGCUCGGCGGCGAUCAGACAUGGAAGAGCAGGGGGAGGAUGAGAAGAAGGCUUUCCUACAUAUUCCCGAUUCACUCAAGAUUAAGCAAAUUCCUGAUCUUGGUGCUCUCCUUCAGAAUCCGGCAGGCCCCUUUGGCAUCGACUCCCAUGUCCUCCUGAACCAAGACCUCCUGGGCAUACACAACAGUCCCAUACUUCGACGCCACGCUAUCGAUGCCGGCCAGUGA